AUGUUUGGUUCUGUUUUCCCUUCACCAGCACCUUCAUACAAAGCUUCUCAAAAUACUUUUGAUAUGUUUGGUUCUUCUUCUUCAAUACAACAAAAACCAAAACAAUCAAAUGAUGUUUUUGAUCCAUUCGCUGGAAUGCAACAACAACAGAAACCACAGCCACAACAACAACAGAAGCCACAACAGAAGUUGUUAGGAGCAGGUCCAUCACAACAGAACCAGGGCUCAAAGGGAUCAGAUGUCUUUGAUAUGCUUGGAUUCUAA